GUAAGGCAAGCUGCGACACCAGACGAGAAAAGACACAGGCCACCAAAGUCACCAAACCUGUCCAAGUCAGUCUAGAGAAUGAAGCAGACACCAGCAGCAGACAAAGAGGAAGGGAUUUAAGCCGGCUUCAGUCUUGUUUACUGAAGGGGCAGACGCCGCACAGGUGGGCCGGAGGUGACUUCGCCCAGGGAAGGGGGUGGGAGGCUUGAGGCCUUGGACAGGCACAGGGGCGGGAGUGAGCUAGGUGAAGCUAGGAGGGGAGGUCAGACCGCACUCACACGCUUUGUCCAGCCCGAGGACAAGCACAACAGAAAAGCAUGUUCUCAUUUUCCUUGCUCUAUUAUUGAUGCCUACAAGAAAUUGUGAGAGCCAGGCCAGCGGGAGUCGGGCUGCAGCUGAAGGUUCUGGAGCAGAGAGCGGUGAGGCGGAAGGACUCGGGGACGGACAGAGGACGGAGAGCAGACCGCCAGCGCGACAGAGUGCCGACAAAAUGAAAGCCCUACAGAAGAGCCAAGGACGGACAGACCAGAUUCUGGGGGCCAUGGCCGACAUGCUGACCUCUCUGGCGCUGCCAAACCAGCAGUGGACGGGGGAGAGUGGCGAGGCGGAGCAGGCAGUGGACGAGGAGGCUCGGCCUGCAGCAGCAGCAGCAGCACAGGGUCCAUGGGAGAGGGAUCAGGAGAGCCAGGACUGGGAACAGGGAUCCCAGGACAGCAUGGAGAAAGGGCAGCGAGAGCCAGAAGACUCGUACUCUGCCGCGGGCAGUGAGGGCAGCAUCUCCACCUCGGUGGCGUCGCUUCCCCCGGGGGCAGCGUGUGGCGCCUCGGCCCCCAGCUCGCCGAGUUCGCGCCGCUCCGUCAGCACCCUCAAGAAGUGGCUGACCAACCCGGUGCGCAAGCUGAGCGCUGGGGCUGCCGGAGGCAGUAGCUCCAGCAACACCGCUGGAGGAGGAGGAGGAGGAGGGGGAGAGCGGCAGGUCCGCCCACCCUUCCAGCAGCCGCUGCCAACGCCGCAGGGCAGCAUGUUGUCCAGGCACGGGCUAGAGCAGGGGGGUUACACCAGGGCCAACACCGACGAGCAACUCACCAUCCUGGCCGACAGAGACAGAGAGCUGGAAUGGAGGGACAGCCUGGCCGGCCCUGAAGACUGCAUGCCCGGCGUCCUGCAGUCCCACAGCUACCAGUCGGAUUCCCUGCACGGCUCCACGUCCAUGGGCCUCACCCAGAUCACACAAUCCACCACCCUGCAGUCAGAGGACAACGGCUCCCUGCUGAUGGACGACACCUCCAGCCAUUCAUCUGCCACCGUAGACAGCGAGGAGGAGAGGAGGAGUGCCUUAGAGAAGAGCAUGUAUGUGCUGAAAGAGCUGAUUGAGACAGAGAAGAUGUACGUGGACGACCUGGGCCUCAUAGUGGACGGCUACAUGGGCACCAUGAAUGCCAAAGGCGUGCCAGAGGACAUGAAGGGCAAGGACAAGAUCGUGUUUGGGAACAUCCACCAGAUCUACGACUGGCAUAAAGACUAUUUCCUGGGCGAGCUGGAGAAGUGUGUGGCUGAGCCAGAGCGACUUGCUCAUCUGUUCAUCAAGCAUGUGAGUGGCCCGGUCAGCAGGGCUGGGUUUGUGCGGGCGCCUCAGCAGGGGCAUGUUCGGGAGUGUGGGGUCGCGCACCGGGCAGCCGUGCCACAGGCCAAGGGGAGCUGCCUGCCACACAUCCGCUCGGUGUUUGGGAAGCUAGUAAAUAGUGCUAAGAAAACACAGGGGCCUUUAUCGGAACACAUAGUGUCAGAGUACAUCGAGACCUACUUUGAGGAAUUGAAGCAGCAGCUUGGCCAUAGACUGCAGCUAAAUGACCUGCUAAUUAAGCCUGUGCAGCGUAUCAUGAAGUACCAGCUGCUGCUGAAGGACUUCCAUAAGUACUACACCAAGGCGGGGUUGGCCACAGAGGAGCUGGAGAAAGCGGUAGAGGUGAUGUGCUUCGUGCCAAAGCGCUGUAAUGACAUGAUGAACGUGGGUCGGCUGCAGGGCUUUGAGGGGAAGAUCACUGCUCAGGGGAAGCUCCUGCAGCAGGACACCUUCACUGUCACAGAGCUGGACUGUGGCUUCCUGUCCAGAGCUAAGGAGAGGCGGGUGUUCCUGUUUGAGCAGAUCGUAAUCUUCAGUGAGCCAAUUGACAGGAAGAAAGGCUUCUCAAUUCCGGGAUAUAUCUUCAAAAGCAGCAUCAAGAUAAGCUGUUUGGGCGUGGAGGCAUGUGUGGAGGGUGACCCCUGCCGCUUUGCGCUGACGUCCCGCGGGGCUGAUGGGAACACGGUGCGCUUCGUGCUGCAGUCGUCCUGUCCAAACACCAGCCAGGCCUGGACGGCCGACGUGGGCCAGAUCCUGGAGUCGCAGCGCAACUUCCUCAACGCACUCCAGUCUCCCAUCGAGUACCAGCGGCGGGAAAGCAAGUCCAACAGUCUGGGCCGCAGCAUGAGGCCCCCCCUGUCAGCGGCGGCCGGCCUCCGGCCCCACUCCUCGGCCUCCAUCGACCGGCACCGGCUGCCCUGCCUGCGCUCCCACAACGCCUCACUGCCCUCCCUCUACCUGCCCAGCCAGGGCCCCGCAGACACCCAGCUACAGCCAGAGCCGUGCUGUGCGGACAGCAGUUUGAGCCAGACCGUCUCCCCAGCCCAUGUCCAGUUGGCCUUUGGUGAGCAGACCCCCAGCGCCCCCCACUCCGCCCUGCACCACCCUGGAGUGUCCAACGGCCUGGGCCCAGCCUCCUCCAGCAGCACACAGAGGGGAGGGGACAGCUACCACAGAGGCAUGAUGGGAGACGGUGGUCAGGUGCCUGGCUCCUCCCUCCCCCGGCGCUCCAGCAAUCUGGCCCAGCUGGACGAAGAUGACCUCUGAAGAGCCACACCACCAUCCUCUUCAUCAGCACCACCAUCAUCGCCAUCUUCGUCACCACCGCUGUUGUCUACAUCAUCAUCAUGCCUUUAUUAUUUAUCUUUCCUUUUCUUGUGGCUCUGUCUUUUUAAUCACUGACGUUCUCAUUGGAAUGACCAAGGGACUAUUUUUGCCUAAUUUUUGCCUGUUCUUUUGUCGUUUUUGAGGAGAAUGUAAUUUGUUCCAGAGAAUAAAUAACCAUUCCUUUUUUGGGAGGUCACUGGAGUUGAAGGAAAAAAAAAAAAUACUUCAAUAUGUUUGAAUGAAAGUGACUGAGCUGUGUACUAUGCUGAGCUGUGUACUAUGCUGAGCUGUGUACUAUGCUUGUCCGUGUGUGUGGGUGCCUAUAUGUGUGGAUGUGAACAAACAUGGAGAUCCCGCGACCGACGGCUUUCUUUGUUGUGGACGUGCAGUUUAUUUUCUUCUUCAUGGCCACAAGUGGACACACGUCUGUGGAACGGAGCUUGCAGUGGGCCUUUCGGCUCCGCUGGACCUUAAAGUGUUUCCCCUCCCCCUGCCGCUGCCUGUUGCUACAGACGGCCCACUCCAGCUCCUGCCCACCUCCAGAACGUCUGCUGCGCGAGCAGAGCACAGCUCCCCACCUUACUCAAUGCUCCUGUUCUUUCUGAUAUUUGAGCAAGAAAUGGACAGUCGACACAAUGAAAUUGUACAUAUGAAGAUGGACUGAGGCUUGAUUGUUUGGGACAAAGCGAGCUCACAUGUGGCCCCUACGGCUGGGGUGGGGGGUGGGUGGGUGGAUUCUGCUCUGGGGCUCUGCUUGUCUGAGACCAGCUCCUGACUGCCGGGGGAGCAGUUGGCCGACGCUGACGCACAGAUGAGAGAGUCUCAUGGGACCAUCGCAUUGGCCCUUACUGGACAGGACAUGACAGAGGAGAGUGGAGGCGGAAAGCGAGAGGGGAGGGAGGAAGACGAGUCCUCUCUGUGUGCUGGGGGUGGACAUGGCGAGCUCCCCUGAGCCCAGUCAGCGCAGUGGCGGACGCCAGGAGAGGCUCGAUUCCAUGAACUAGAAAGGAACGCUGGAUGUGUGCCUCCCAUGCUCCUACCUUCACUCUUUCAUUCUCUCUCUCUCUCUCUCUCUCUCUCACACACACACACACACACUCUCACAGGUUUCUGCUCGUUAGAUAGAGGGGUGUAGCCUGGUUUAACCAGACCCAAGACAAAGCUGAGAGCUGUAGGCAGGCGGAGUCAGACUACACAGGCUUAUCCAAAUUUCAAACACGUCUCCAGGGACCCCUUCAUUUCAAAAGCAGCAAAGAAGGGUGGUUUGAACAUAUCUUUUCAUUUCAGGACAACUCCCCCCAACAUCAUUAGACAAAGUGCCAAAUAAGCUGGUGCCAGACCCUUUUAGGUUGAAGUAGAGAGAAAAUAAAAUGUCCCAAUUUGAAGCAGUUUCUAUACUAAUAUUUUGAUACUUCUGUCAGUGCAUUGUUACUGUCAGAUCUUUUGGCAAAUUGGAAUGAUCCAUUAAUAUUGCUGGUAUUCAUUUCGUGUCCUUUUGUAAAAACAAAAGAAAAAAAGGCUAGUUUUGUUUUUGCCAUUUUGGAUUUUGUUCAAAUUUUCAAUUUGUGUUAAUGUUUGGUGUCCUUCUAAUCAAGUCAUUCUAACAAAAUGGGCAGUGGGUAAGGCUACACUGCAAGUUACUGGCACUGAUACCCAUUUAGCCACCAGACAUCCCAGACCAGUUGUAGUAUUGAUUUCUAGCUGAGUUGUAAGACAUGAAGCACAAGUGGCCAUAGCUCCGAUGCCUGGGCCUUAGACUAGAUUAAUUACCCCACUGAUCCAGGAGAGGACGCCAAAGGGCUCUGCUGGGAAACAGUACAGCUCUUCAAAGGAGCUCUUGCAUCUUGUCCGUUUGAUCUGAAUUUGUUUUUAACAAUAAAGCUUUACCAAAGGUGGCCAGAUAAUUAUAGGCAUGUCUUCAAGAAACUGUUACACAAAAAUACAGGAAUGGCUUGAUUGAUUGCUUGUCAAUCCACUCAUGUUUUACAUAUUCAAAGAGCUGGUCAAAUGCCCUAAUCUGGGUUUAGAGUCUGGCAGUUGUGCAUGUUGUAUUGAAAAGUACCCCUACAGAUAUACAAAAUGAAAUGGAUACAAAGUAGGAAAAAAUAUGAAUAUGUCUAUCUGACAGAAAUUCAUUGUUGUACUAUAUCAAAUAAAAAAGUGUCUUUUUGAAAUACAA